AGUGGUGGUUUCUUACAUUCCAUUCCAGAACGUAAGAGUUCCGAACAUGACAGGAACUUCUCUCGUUGUCCGACCAUCAUCUGUUCUCCUGUGUUACCACUCUUCUCUCGUUCACACAUCGCACAUAUGAGGUUAUUGUAGCAUAAGAUCUUUCUCAUCUGAGCCUAUUUGCAAUGAGGGUGAGAUUUUAUUACGGAUAUAAUCGCAAUCGACUGAUUACUGUCCCUUCUGAGAUGUCCAAAUAUGAUUUAUAGAUGAUAUUCAUGCUUUUUCAUCCUUUAGAGCUCGUUCGUUGCAAUGGAACUCGAAAGACAAGAGGAUCGACCUCAAGAUAUAUGGGACUCCUUACCUGUUGAAUUAAUGAUUAAGGUUCUCAGAGAUCACGAUCUGCCAGUUUUCACUCUUGCGGAAUGUCGUUCAGUUUGUAAGAAAUGGAGGGAUCUCAUAGAUGGUCCGGAAUUGUGGCACAAAAUCCGGUACACAAGUAAUUUUUUAUGAUGCAAGUAUUGGCUCUACGGUCUUCUUAUGAUAUUUGAUCUGAGCGAAGAAAGAUGGAAGGUCAUGGAGGACAAGUCAGAUGGCCUUCACAUACUGCGUAUGAAUGUCGUGUGUGCUUACUCGCAUUAUUUAGGAGCUAUGACGGAAGCUUCCUCCGUCAUCCAAUGGUCCGGAGAAUAGAUGAAACUCUUAUCAGGAGAACUAGAGAUCUAUGGGAUUGGGAGGAUGGCAGAGCUUUCAAAUGUACGGUGCAGGAGGCAGUGAUGUGUUCUUCGUCUUCGACAUAUUGGAAGCUUUCGACAAUGAAGGUCAAUACGAUACCUUGAGGUGGCGAGAUACUGGUCGGAAAUAGACGUGAUCGAUUCUUUACCCGCACAUCCUUAUCCAAAAAACUAUGAAAAUCAUGUUUGGUAUCCGAGCCGAACGUCUUCAUCGAACCUUGCUUUGUAGUAAUUCCAGCGCCCGCAGCAAUGUACAUAGACUACUCAUUAAGAUCAUACUAGCAUACUCCCCUAAAAAAUAAAGAGCAGCAGAGACAUCUGUAGUAGGAGGUGGGGUAUUCUAUCAGAGAAGAAGACUUAGUGAAAGUCCGAAGAGAAGUUAUAGGAGUUUCAAAAUAGAUCAGUUCACCGAAAUAUAUGUCGCUUGGACUAAACCGUUUUCUACAACUAGGAUGCCAUUUUAAGUUCAUGUUAGUCUGGAAUGGGCU